AUGCGCUCUUCACAACUCUUCGUCCUUGCUAGUGCUAUAGCAACAGCAGCAGCAACCAUCUUCCCCGAAAGCGCGACAACUAUUGCCGGUGUAUCGACAAUACAGCAUGUCUUCGUCGGCACUGAGAGCGGACUGUCACACACAGAGGAUGUUACCAUUCCCACCGUCUCAGCGUCUAUAACACCGUCGUCAGGGUGGACGAGCUCAGAAGCGCAGACGGCAACGGAGAGCGGCUCUGACGACUCUUCUGCUUCCACCACCAGCGUUACGCGACCUGCCGGCUUUCCAAAUGCAACCACUACUUUGGCUAGCAGUCUGGUUCCUACAAAGUCGCAGAACACCACAACACCUACCAGCCAUGUAACCGGUGAAGAGGGCGAGAAGGCUGUUAUGAAUAAUGACGCUGGACGAGAUGCGCGCCACAUAUAG